AUGGACAAGAUCCUUAACGCAUUCACCAAGGACGAUGACCGCGAUGAGCGUCGCGGCGAGAGACAGGCUAAUUCGAGUGUCUGGCUGUCAGAUCAGCAGUACCCGGCGGGCGGCAAUGUCACCCAUGGCGGCAGCUACCCAGCCGGCGGCGGCUACAAAUACGACGAUGACGAUGACCUGAGAGGUGCCGCCGAGACUGCGUCCCGCCAUGCCGGCGACUCUGGCGAUACCGACCUCUUCUCGGGCAUUCUGGGUGCACUGGGACAGAAGAAGCAACGCCUCGCGGACGAGGACCUCGAUGAGCAGCAGGCCGUCAAGAGCCACAAGAAGUUCUUUGGCGAUGGCGACGAUGACGACGACGCCGACGACCGCAGCAUGGGCUCUGCCGCUGCCAUGCAGGCCCUGAAGAUGUUCUCCGGCGGCCAGUCGGGCGGCAACCAGAGCCAGAGCGCCUUCAUCGGGCUGGCCAUGUCCGAAGCCAGCAAGCUGUUCGACCAGAAGUCUUCUCAGGGCAAGGUCGCGUCCGGCUCCAGCAAGGAAUCGGCCAUCAUGCAGGCGGGUGAGAUGGCUUUGAAGAUGUAUCUGAAGAGUGGAGGCAGUCAGUCCAGCGGUGGUGGUGUCGGUGGCUUGCUGAGCAUGGCUUCCAAGUUCAUACCAAAGGCCAAAAAUGCCUUCACAGGACCAAUGGUCUCCUCGCUAGAGAAGGCGUUCAAUCUCCUCUCCGCAGACCCGCGGGUUCGGUGCGUCAUCCUCACCGGCUCCGACCCGCAAAACCGGACCUUCUGCGCCGGCAUGGACCUGUCCCAGGGCUUUGGCACGGACGGCGACCCGGACGCGACCCGAGACCAGCACCGAGACGGCGGCGGUCGCGUGUCUCUGGCCAUCUACAACUGCAACAAGCCCGUCAUCGCCGCCAUCAACGGGUCCGCCGUCGGCGUCGGCGUGACGAUGACGCUGCCGGCCUCGAUCCGCGUCGUGUCAAAGCAGGCCAAGAUCGGGCUCGUCUUUGCGCGCCGCGGCAUCGUCAUGGAGGCGUGCAGCAGCUUCUUCCUGCCGCGGCUGAUCGGGCUAAGCAAGGCGCUGCACCUCGUCACCGUCGGCGGCGUCUAUCCAGCGGAGCACCCGCUGCUGCGAGACCUGUUCACCGAGGUCGUGGGGCCGGACCGGGUGCUGCCGCGGGCGCUGGAGCUGGCCGAGGAGGUGAGCGCGAAUUGCAGCGCGGUCAGCACGGUCGUCAUGAAGAACAUGAUGUACCGCGGCCCGGAGACGCCUGAGAAGACGCACUUGCUGGAGAGCAAGAUCUUGUAUGAUAUGUUUAGGGGCAAGGAUUGCAAGGAGGGCACGGACAGCUUCAUGGAAAAGCGGCCAGUGAACUUUAAGGGGUCUAUGGAGGACGAUGCACCCACAGUCUACCCAUGGUGGAUAGAUGAUUUGAGAACGAAAGGAUCAAAAUUGUAG